AUGGAAAAAAUGAACAAAGCCUUCGAGAAAGUGAAAAUGAUGGUAGGAAUGGAAGUCGAAGACGAAGAGCAACAAGCUGCAGCAUUGGACAACGAAAGCUCCUUCGCUUUCAUGGACGAUUUCAACCGCAACUGCACUUUGACUACCAAACAGAGACUAUAUGGUUUUGCCAUAUGCUUUGCUACUGGAGUAACCUGUACACUGUUGUCUAUGCUUGUUUUCCUCAAACCAAUCAAGUUUGGGAUAACUUUCACUCUUGGCAAUUUGCUUUCACUUGGAAGCACAGCAUUCCUCAUAGGUCCUAAAAGGCAAGUAUCGAUGAUGCUGGAUCCUGUUCGUAUUUAUGCAACUGCCAUAUACAUUGCAAGUAUGAUAAUUGCCUUGUUUUGUGCACUUUAUAUUCAUAACAAGUUACUCACACUUCUCGCAAUUAUCUUGGAGUUUGGGGCGCUAGUUUGGUAUAGCUUGAGCUACAUCCCUUUUGCUAGGUCCAUGGUUUCAAAGAUCAUGGUUUCAUGUUUUGACACAGAAUUUUAG